AUGUCAACAACUCCGACUGACGAAAAAAAAUUGUUACCAGACAAAAGGAUCCGUUCUCGAUCGCUAAAACACAGUUGUGGCGGUGAGGAUUGCAGUGGUACAAUAAGUUCGCUGCCACUUGAAAUGCCUUCCUUGAAUCCAAAAAAACGUGUUGAAUCAAUACAAUCUCGACCAUUUAUCCCAAUAUCUAAUCGGAUACCACUAGCUCAAACACUAGCUCAUCGGAAAUUGCGUAAAUAUGCCAGUGAAACGAACUUCCCACUGGAAGCCAGCAGUUCUUCAGACCUAUUAUUGAAAGAGAAAGACCAGAAGACAGCCAUCGGUAAACACAAAAUAUUUUCCGUGCGACCUGUUAAAACCGCUGAUAGUGGUACGCUAAUUCAGGAUGGUAGUGUUCCGUGUUCUCAACAUGUUAAGCGUGAAGAUUCAGAGGGUGAAGCAAGCUGCUCCGGCAGUGAUGCAACUUUGGCCAGCAUGUCAAUGACUCCAAUUUUACGGCAGAAAUCUCGGCGAUCCCGUCUUAAUCGGCCGAAAAGUUCAACAUAUAUGUACGGGACAUCUAUUUCCUCGGAUGCUUAUAAUACUCCGACAUCUGCCACACUACCAUCCGUUGAUUCCUUGCAACAAAUCGGACUGGGAAUGGCAGGAAGCAUGGAAGAACGUCGAGAAAGUAGCUUUUACAAUAUAGAUGAUGACAGUUUACACGAAUUCGACGAUGAAAAAGGUAACUUAUUUAAAAUAAUUCAAUAUUUUUAA